AUGUCUUACGGUAUGUCUCACUAUGCCGCGGCCUAUGAGUUGGAACUUGGAACAGACUCCAUGGUGAUUCGAGACGGAAGGAUUGACCAAUGUUCUACAGACGGAACCUACCUCUCGUCAGCGAGGGAGAGGGAUCGGCCCUCAGCAGUCUUUCCCGAUCGGUUGAUUGCGCCCUUACCCAAGAAGUCACUCAAGUCGAGAUUGUCCCAAGAAGCCGCAGAAUCCAUCGAGUAUCCUCCGACCCUACCAUCUUCGAGCCUCCCUACCUACUCGCACUACGAUAGCAGCGUCGAUCCGGUAGCAUUACGGCAUGCGGGCUCUUAUCGCUCGCCGCCAAGGUCGCCACGGUCUGCUCGCCAUGCUCGAUACGGCAGUCACAGUGGGAGAGGAGGUACAUCUGGGGAUGGCUACGAGGCUUUCGAAAAUACAAAUAACAAGAAGAAGCGCAAGAUACCUACUUCGGGCAACCAUGCCCAUCUCACAAACGAGAUGGCUCAGCUGGGCAUCAACAGUCACGAUGAGCGCAACGAUGAUGUGCACGGCCUGGUAGGAUCGACUGGACUUGGUGUGCAAGGAGCCGGCCGCGGUCACUAUGCACGCAAGCAGAGCACACGCAGGCCUCUGGGCAUCUCUACUAAUGGUACCAAUAUGCGGAGUGCGACUGCCAAGUAUGACCAGAACAUGGCGGCCACUGCCAAGGCUGAGGAUCAGAAGGACCAAGGUAUUAUCUCGGCAGCUAUCGCCAACGCUACGGCUCUGCUUCGGAAGCCACUUAGCAAGGGGCAAGAGAAUAUGGGUGUCCUGGAUCAGCAAGCCAAAUCAAGUCCGCCUAGUUCGCAAUUCACUUUCACGUGCGAGAGCGACGCCAAGGAUGUUCAAUUUCCUGAGCAGAGCUUGCAUCAUGGGUACGCGCAAACGCGAGCACAUCCCCCAACUCCGACCCAUGCCGGCCAGCGACCAGUCAACAAUGCCACGCAGUCAGUCGCGCCGCCGAACCUGAAUCAAGCCCCACCUCCUCUUGCGAAUGCCGACCCUCCGCCAAGAAAGCCUCGUCGAAGAAGAGGUGAUGUUUACCAGCUAGCGGCUCGCCAACGACGGCUACAGCAGGAAUAUACGAAUAUCCAGCAUCCUCCCUCCCGAGCAGACAUCUGGAUCUCGGAGAAGCAGCGUCUUCUCGAAAAGGCAAAGGCGAAGGGCCGCAAGGGCAAGAAGCAGACCAAGGCAGCCAAAGCCGCCAACCAUGCAUCUCAGCAAGCCGCGAACAGGAGCAACUACGAUCAAGAGCCAUUGGAUCAGUUAGCGGACGACGACUUGGACUAUGGCUACGACGACGACCCGGAACCGAUGCCAGCGCCGCCACCAGCACCAAUCAAGCAGCCCAUGCCUGGGACUUAUGAUACCGCGGGCAAGGGCGGAGGGACGAGCGGCGGCGGGGACGUGCGAUAA